AUGUCUCGGACCCAACAAGUUCCUGAAAACCAGCACAUAUCGCUCCCCGAUAUCCGAAUCCAGAGCGCCUCUCCAGUCUCGUUCAACGACUACGGCAACGCCGCCAGAGAGAGCUCUCCUGAAAUUAUUGGACUAGCAGUGCGACGUUCAAAGACACUACCAAGCAGCCUCGCCACUACACCGCGUUCGGCCCCCGGCCAUAAGCGAAAGAGGUCCGCAACCGUGUCGGACAUUGACAUUUUCAAGGCCAACAACGCCGCCAUGACAGCCGCCAAGAUUUCCAGACACAACUCGGACGCUUCGAAGAAGUCAAGUGUCUCACCAUCGUCCUCCAUCUCCCGCAAGUCAUCCAAGUCCAGCGCCAAGGAUGUGGACUGGACGGAAGUGACGGACCCGGAGGAGCGACGGCGCAUCCAGAACCGCAUUGCGCAGCGCAAGUUCCGCGAGAAGGCUCGGGAAAAUAAGGAAAAGGCGGAGCGUGAGACAAGAAAUAGAGAGCACGCUGGCAACAGCUACCGUACGUUGGCCCUCACCGAUGUCAACGGCGACCAGGACGCGCUUUCAGGCCUGCCUUGGGGCGGCCUGAACCUGAACCUGGUGGUCGCGCGGGGCUACGAGGCGGAGAGCCGCCGUAGUAGCGGCCGAGGCACGUACAUCGGCGACGAGGCAUACCCCGAGCCUCAGUACAGCCCCCCUCAAUACAGCAUGCCGUACAGCGCGGGCCUACAGCAGACGGCCAGCUACGGCAGCAGCGGAGGGGAUGACAUUUACUACGACGACACGACGAGUUAUAUCUACGAAGCGCCCCCUCAGCCCCCGCCUCCGUUUUCGACGGUGUGA